AUGGCCGGAGUAAUCAUCUCACCCGCUUCUCUUCUCGACCUUAUCGCCGAGAUUGUUGAGAUUCCAGUCAACGCCGGCGUUUUCAAAAAGGACUGCGCCGAUCUCACUCGACGAGUCUGUCUCUUGACGCAUUUAGUAGAAGAGAUUAGAGACUCUAAACCGAUCGAUUCCGCCGCUUCUUCUUCGUUGAUCUCAUCGGAAAAUGAUUGGUGGUCUGAUCUCGUGGUUGGGCUUCAAGCUUCGAAGCGUCUUCUCUCCAUAGCUACUCGAUUCCAAGCUCGCGACUCCUCUGAUGGUGAUGCGAAGAGAAUCUCUUUCCAGUUCCAGUGCAUUACAUGGAAGCUGGAGAAAGCAUUGAGUAAUCUUCCAUACAAUUUAUAUGAUAUCUCUGACGAAGUUAGAGAACAGGUUGAACUAGCGAGAUCGCAGUUGAUAAGAGCAAUGCAGAGAUACGGUUCGUUGAAUUCGAAGAAGUUUUCGAGUGCUUUAUCUGAGCCGAUGGAGAGAGAUGUUUUUAGUAGUAUAAAGAUCAAAGUUGAGGAAGAAAAGCUUGAGAGUAUUUCAGAAACACUUCUGUUUCUCGAGGAGAAGAAACAAGAUUUGCGGCCGCGGAAAAGCUCUUCCGUUUCUCUGGCCUUUUAUUUAUCGAAGGAUGCGGAUACAGAUAGAUUAGACAAAAUGGUCACCAAGAACACUGAAGAAUUGAAGAAAUCUGAUAAACUAACGAUUCCAGUAGAUUUUCUUUGUCCAGUAUCUCUGGAACUGAUGAAGGAUCCUGUAAUCGUCGCCACAGGACAGACUUAUGAGAGGGCUUACAUACAGAGAUGGAUACACUGUGGGAAUCUAACAUGUCCAAAGACCCAACAGACACUCGAACACUUUACGCUAACACCAAAUAACGUUCUUAGAAGCUUGAUCUCUCGGUGGUGCACUGAACACAACAUUGAGCAACCCGCAGUUUACAUCAACGGCAGGUCAAAAAACCGUGGAGACAUGUCAGUGAUCCGGGCAUUGGUUCAGAAUCUCUCAAGCCGGUCCACAGAAGAUCGCAGGAAUGCGGUUUCUGAAAUCCGGUCUCUGUCAAAGAGAAGCACCGACAAUCGCAUUUUGAUUGCAGAAGCAGGAGCAAUCCCUAUUCUGGUGAACCUUUUAACCUCAGAGGACGUUGCAACGCAGGAAAACGCAAUCACUUGCAUUCUCAACCUCUCUAUAUAUGACAACAACAAAGAGCUGAUAAUGUUUGCCGGUGCAGUCACCUCCAUUGUUCAAGUCCUUCGAGCAGGAACCAUGGAAGCAAGAGAAAACGCAGCAGCGACACUCUUUAGCCUAUCGUUAGCCGAUGAGAACAAGAUCAUAAUAGGUGGAUCAGGUGCGAUACCUGCCUUAGUGGAUCUGCUCGAGAACGGGACCCCAAGAGGAAAGAAAGACGCAGCCACGGCAUUGUUCAAUCUGUGCAUUUAUCAGGGAAACAAAGGUAGAGCGGUUAGAGCCGGAAUAGUAACUGCAUUGGUGAAAAUGCUCGGUGACUCGAGCCACCACCGGAUGGUUGAUGAAGCAUUGACAAUACUCUCGGUUCUUGCAAGCAAUCAAGAUGCGAAAUCCGCGAUAGUAAAAGCGGAUACUUUACCCGCAUUGAUAGGUAUUCUCCAGACCGAUCAAUCUAGAAACCGAGAGAACGCAGCAGCGAUAUUGGUUUCGCUGUGCAAGAGAGAUACUGAGAAACUGGUAUUGAUAGGUAGACUCGGUGCGGUCGUGCCAUUGAUUGAUCUAUCGAAGAACGGAACAGAGAGAGGCAAAAGGAAAGCAAUGUCUUUGUUAGAGCUUCUCCGUAAAGCAUGCCAAUAA